UCAGGAAUUUAAAAAAAGCCGAUGCAAGCAGGUCUUCAGAACAAAAAGUUUCCUCUGUGAAGACAAACGUUUGGGCUCUUUCUCCUGGGGUUGUGUGCAUACAGAGAUCCGAUAAUCGCGUUUUAUGUGUGAGCGCACGGAGGGUUGGACACAUUAAAGGAGCAUCGGGAGGCGGCAGAGACGCUUUACAGACGAAGCAAGAAAAGAGAGAAAGGGAGAGAGAGAGAGAUUAUCUCACUCUCCCAGUCGCAGUCGCAACCGGAUCACAUCCAGCUUGUCUCUCCACACGGUAAUAGCAGGACAAUGUCUAGUAAAGCGACUUUAGCCUUACUCAUCUAUGGAAUCAUAAUGCACUACAGCAUCCACUGCUCACCUCUCGGGCUAAGCUAUCCUAACCUUAGACUUGAAAAUGAGGUUUAUGACGAGGAUGGAAAUUCGUUACCGGACUUGGCUUUUGACGGUGAUCAAAUUGCUAUAAGAAGCCCCCCGUCUGUGGCGGACGACGUGUACACUUUAUACUACCCACCGGAGAAAAGAACGGAAAGGCAUGCAGACGGAAUGUUUAAUAAAGCCUACAGGAAAGCGCUGGGUCAGUUAUCAGCAAGAAAAUAUCUCCAUUCUCUGAUGGCAAAGCGUGUAGGUGGAGGGAGCACCAUGGAAGACGACUCAGAGCCUCUGUCAAAGCGACACUCGGAUGGGAUCUUCACAGACAGCUACAGCCGCUACCGAAAGCAAAUGGCAGUCAAGAAAUACCUGGCGGCAGUCCUUGGGAAAAGCCCUGAAGACUUAGGUUUUCACCAUAUUCUACAAGACAUAGACUUUGAUGCCCUACCGGAUGGGGAUGAGUUUGAGGCUAUUUUGGGAGACUGGCUGAAACAGUUCUCUCCCGAAUUUCCGGUGAGUUCCAGGCUCUUUCCCGAGGCCUUGUCUUGAGGGAUGUCUAUUGUCCCUCCCACUUUUUCUCACCUUACCCUGUGACCUUACCCUCCAGAUACGAAAUACAACCCAGUCUUCUUCUUUUCUCAUUUGGGCUCCUGUCUCUCUUGAAAUGCUGUACAACUGUACCUAUAUUCACACCUAUACUGCAUGCAGUAUAUGUAUGAACGUGAAUAUAGAUGCAUAGAUAUUUUUUACACAUUGAAUGUGUAUGGAUAUACUGUAAAUCCUUUCAAAUUCCCCAUAAAUAUCCUAUGGGAGGCAGUAGGUUAAUAUUGUGACUGCUAAACAGUAUUAUAAAUCAAUUGUUUAUUUAAGGCCAAAACAGACAUGACCCAACAGGCUGUAGAAUCCUUAUAUAUGGCAGUAAUUCAAGUACUAAAGUGUUAGAAUGACCCCUAUUACCUCUAUGACCCUCGUAAGAUGAGGACCAGAGUGCGUUUGAGCUUUUUCCUUUCCUUCCUCUUCUUCUUCUUCUUUUUCUUCGUCAGUGUUAAAGAAAAUGAGCUUACACUUUUGAACUUUGUGCAAAAUAUCUAUCUUGUGUUCCUCUGUAAUGAUAUACAUGUGUUUGAAAAGCUCUUGAAAACCUGGAAUGCUGGUAAAGGUUUUCCAUUUGUCUCUUCUCGCCACAUAAGAAGCAUCAUGAACGUAGAAUGGUUAUCGGACUCAAAAAGAAAGUCCAAUAAGGAAACGGAGACCAUUUCCACUGACAUUAUACUUUUUAUGUGGCUUCACUUAAUUUCAAUGUGUUUUUUGUUAUUUUUCAUGAGGAACAUUUCAGAGGCAAUUUGAAGACGCGUUGCACCUUCCUGGUCUACUGUGCUUUCCCCUAUCUUGUCAUGUGAACCAAUGUAAAGCUAGAUCGCAUGAUUAAAGUAAUUGCACUAGCCACCAAAUCUGUGCAAACUACUGCAAUUGGAUGGUUUUCUUUGCUCACUGAUUGACGUAUAUACAUAUGUGUUUUUUUCUGGAUGUUGUUUUGUUUUUGUUCUCUCCCCAACAUUACUGCACAAAGUGUUUGAUUGAACGUCUCACCCCUGUCUUCUGUAUAGGAAAGCUCAGAUGAAUGUACUGCAGGGGAGAAGCUUUCAGAAAGAGUCGCGGUCAUAUUUUCUUUUUAGUCUCUUCUCAAUGGGACUUGAGACAAGAUUCUGUUACAUUCCAAUGUAUUAUAUGCCAAAAACAAUGCUUGAAUGAUUGUUGUUUUGAAUAAUCCUUACCUAUCCUGGCAGCCCAAGCACAGCACAGUCAAACUUCUACCUAAUCAACAGUUAGACAAAGCCUUAAACGUACUUCACCGUGCCUGUACUAUUCUGAACACCACCAAUUCCAAACUAGCUUCUCAGUUUACUUGCCUCUUUUUUCUUGAUGUAAGUGAUCACAAGAUGAGAAGCAGAUAAAACCUGUUCAGUGCUAGAUAGACCCAAGUACGAGAGGGGGAGUGGGAGGAAGAGAGAGGAAUGAGGAUAGUGGGUGCGAGAGAGGAGAACAAAGAGAAAGAGGGACACCGAGAAAGAAGGAGAGUCCAUGACCAAUCGAUUCGAGAGAAAACAGGGUGAUUUUUGGCAGUGAAAGGAAUUUACCAGACAAAGGUUUCCACACCUCAUUAGAAGAACUUGGCCUAUCAUCUCACUUGUACCCAUCAGUGACAGAUAGACAGAACAAGCCACACUUCUUCUCACUAGAGGCAUGAUUGGGUUCGCUACUUCUGUUAUGCGCCAUCCCAUUUUUCGACACUAUGAAAAACAGUUAAAAAGAUAAUGAAAAAUGUAGCUUCUGAAUCCGUACAGUAUACUUCCAUUUCCUGGCCCCACGACAUCAUAUUCACACUUCCCUAAAUUGCAAGGAGAUCUAACUCCAGUAGUGGACCAGGCAGAUUCUACAGACACUGUAGGCUAGGUUUGAGCUUUGUGACACUUAGCAGUAGGGCAAAGUUCUUCGAUCUGUGCCUGUGUGUAUGAAAUCAAUCUUUCUUUAAUUCUGCAUUCCCCUCCAGGCUUUGUGACGCAGAAUGCAGCUUGCGGCUGUGGUGCCUUGCUUCGACUUUAAAAUCGCCACGAAUCACAGAUGGCUAUUUAGUAGCCCUACAAUGCUGCACAUCAUCAGCUUACAUUUCACCAUUUGGUUGUUGUUUUUGUGUUGCGCAGACAUUUGAUUGGAUCUUUAGUGCCAUUAGGUGUAGUC